AUGGCUAGCACAAGCUUGACGUCGACUUUCUUGACGCCAGAUCCAAGCUUCAAUUGGUUCUUCCUCUUGGAACUCAUUGUCUCUUGCAUUCUUGCGCUCUUCUUCCUGCUCUACUUCAACCGGCUCUUCGCGACCCUCCUCUCCUACGCAAUUCGAGCAUACACCUGGCAUUACUACCGCGCAUAUGUUGACAUCAACGCUCUUCAAAUUUCCUUACUUGGUGGGAGAAUCUUCUUCAAGGGCAUUCGGUAUCACGGCGUGAACGAGACAAUAUUCAUUCAUGGAGGAUUUAUAACAUGGCGGUAUUGGACGCGUACGGUAGAGCGAAACGACUUGACUGGACUAAGACGAAAGACCGAAUUCACCGGUGAUGCCACGAAAAAACGACAUGGGCGUCCCCCGCACGAGGGAGAUGACAAUCUCGGGGAGCAGGCCGGCAUGGGAAAGACAACUGAUCUGCCGUGUCGGGUCACAAUCCAAACAUAUGGCCUUGAAUGGUUCAUUUAUAACCGGACUCCGGCAUACGACAGUAUUCUUGCUGGGUUCGGAUACUCUCCAAACAUUAUCGACGUGAACGAGGAUCACUCGAAGCCUCCAGGGUCGCGCGCGAGAGCAGAAGAUCAAGAUUUUACCAACAAGUUUGCUCCCCAGGCUCUGCCACGUCAUCAGUCAACCUCGAGAACUAUGUCAGAAUCUAGCAUGAGCGAUAGGGGUCGGGCAUCUGCUAUUCGCGAAUCAGAACUAUCAGACCCCAUUUCAAACAUGCUUCAACUCCUCCCAGUGAGGCUGGAUUGCAAGAAAGGAGCCAUCGUUAUGGGAAACGAACAUACCCGAUCUGUUUUGACAACGACAUUCGACACAGGAACUGGUACCAUGGAUGCUUCCAACUCGGGACCUCUUGAUCUAUACCGACAGAUAUUCUCAUUCCACCUGAAUAAUCCUGUCAUUCAGAUGAGACCUAACCCUGAUUUUAAGCAGGGCCAGCCUGCAACUGCCAAGUCUCUAAGUUCUGUACAAAAGAAAGAUCAAGGACCGAAGAAAAAGCGGUCAACUUUCUUCAACUAUCAAUCUCAAAGGCGGAAAGUGUGGCACAGCAUUCGUGACCUGGUGCCUUAUUUCCAGACCUCUGUUGAGUCAUUCCAUGCUAACAGCAGACAUUCCAACAGCAUGCCAAGAAGCCAGGCAGAGUUCCCUGAGGUCCGCUGGACAGGUCUCUCUCGAUACCUAGAAGAAGGUGGUGAGGAUGACCAUGAAAAGUGGAACUCGGUCGAAUAUGCUCGGUUUUCUACCAUCGUGGAUAGCCCUAGCUUGAGCAUAACGUAUUAUUGGGACAUUCCUGGGCGAGUGAUCGUUCAGCCAAUAUCAAAUGACCAAUCCCACACGACCCGUCCAAUAAAAGGUGAUAUCAACUGUUCUUCUCCCCCGGAAUGGGGGAUCGACAUCAAGAUUAACGGGGGUACGAUAAACUAUGGGCCAUGGGCUGAUAGAGAGCGGGUUGGUCUACAGAACGUUUUCUUUCCAAAUUUCUAUCGCAGCGCCGAGCCGGCUGAGCAGUUGGCUCCUGGUGUCCUGCGACAGAGUACAGCGUUCAGGUUGCGAGUAGAAAUAAGUGACGAACUGACACUGCGCAUUCCAACAAGAGAGUCUUCCAAGGAUUGGCAAUGGAAAGGCCGCGCUGAUGCUGUUGGGGGUGCAUCAAGGGUCAAGAAGCCAGCCGACAAAAAGAAGUCGCGAGUCAAGGAUGCAGAAAAGGGCCAUCUCGGUCCUGAAAUCCGUCCGUUUGGGUGGCUUUCUCUUUGCGUUGCUUCAGACUCGACUAUCAAUUACACCAUGGAUAUGGUGGCCUCAAGUGCAGGAUUUCGUAAUGAGCUCUCCCUUGACCUGCGAGAAUCAAGACUGUCUUCCAGCAUAAAUCACGGCUUGUUGUGGCAAUGUCCUAGGCAGCAGAUCACCUGUGACUUGUCCAAUCCUCUGUCCUGGAACAGCCUCCGCUCCUGGAGAUUUACUGCCGAAAGUCAGGGAUUACAGCUGUUUCUACUGCGAGAUCACAUAUUCCUUCUCACUGAUUUGGUGACCGACUGGGCAUCGGGGCCGCCUUCGGACUAUUACACGUUUGUGCCUUUCAUCUACAACCUUGAUCUCAACUUCUCCGACUUCGAACUUUACAUCAAUGUCAACGACAGAAACAUCAUCAGCAAUCCUUCCGAUCUAGAGGACAACAGAUUCAUCGUUAUCAAGGGCAAGCGUUUGACAUCAAAUGUCAUGAUACCCUUGAACAAAUACCUGCCUGAGCAAAAUGCUGUUGAGUUUAGAGUAGGCCUCGAAGACGGUGGCGUGGAUUACGCAACUCCUUUAUGGGAUACUGUGCAUGAAUUCCUACCGCAAAAGUCCAUGGCUACUCUGCAGAGUUUGUUCAUUGAUGGAUCUUACAAUUACUUCCAGUCAACCUCACCUGAGUUGACGGACACGUUGGUACUUAACAUUGAUGGCGUGUCACCCAGGCUCUACCUUUUUGGAUUCUUGAUCAAGAGUUUUAUGACCAUCAGAGAAAAUUACUUCGGUGAAGAAAUGCACUUCAAGACUCUGGAGGAAUACCAAGAACUAGUCUAUGCCGACGAACCACUAUCAAAUCCCACGGGUAUCAAUCCGAACCGAAAAUCAAAUGACAUGGAUGUCCUUGUUCGUGUCACGGUCGAUAGCCCCCGUGCUCUGCUUCCCGUGAACAUUUAUGAUCAUUCAAAAUGUAUGGGACUAAGCGCCGCUUCGCUUGAGGUGGAUCUGCGAUUCACCAACUACUACAUGGACUUGCAGUUCUCCAUCACUCCACUCAAACUUGACCUGGAGUCUACCCAGCUUGAUGGCCCCUCCACAAUUUCUGGUACACAAUUGUUCAUCGAUGGUGUUUCAGUUCAUGGCCACCGUUUGUUUGGGCUGCCACCUCUUGAACCAACCUACAUCUGCAAUUGGGAUUUCGAUGUGGGCCAAAUUGUUGGAGAAUGUUCCACUGAAUUUCUGUCUUGCUUGACUUCGUCUGUCAAGAGUUUUGACUUUUCCUUCGACAACGAAGAAAAUGCAUUGCCUACAUUGUUCCCGGAGAUCCUGCAUGAUGUGACUUUUUUGAGGGCUAAGAUUGACUCGAUCCACAUCACUGUGCUUUUGGAGCAAGUAGCCGUGAUAAUGAGCACUCAGCCAUUGAAUGUGAAUUUCAACGAUUGGGCGAACACCAAGUUUUCGAAGCGCAUGAGCCUCAGCGUUCCGGAUAUCUCGGUCGCUGCCGUUGAUCGUAAAUCAGUUACUCAUGGCCAUCCGUCAACCCGAGCAACGAUGUCCCCGAUUGGACUUUUCCAGCUUACUAUCGGAUUGAAAAUGGCUUUGCGCAAAUCCGACAUUGCGGAAAGUAGACAACUUCAGCAAGAACAUAUCAAGGUCCAUGAUCGGCGGACCCAAAGGGCGCAAUGGCUGCUUUUCGAUUGGGAAGAAACCGGUCCAGCCUCCACCAACCCGCCGGAGGGCGAUGCUUUUCCUCCAACUUUGGCGAUACCCUCAAUGCCAGAGCCUAUCCAUGGUAGUAUUGGCUCAAGCCAUACACAGUCAGACCGAGGAGCCUCCGGAUCCCAUUCCAAUGGAAGUGCGAGGAGCUUCCUUGUUGAAUCUGAAACAUCGAGCCUCAAAAGUGUACGUAGAAACACCGGCAAUAGCCCUAGAGCAGUUUCUGAUCCUGUUUCCCAACCGCGACCGGGUCUACCAAAUCGAGGAUUCAGCUUGUUUGUUUCACAGGGUGAUCGAACGAGAGAUGGACCGUAUAGUGGGUCUCGAGCAGAAGAGAUCUCGACCACUGCCGUGAGAAUUGCGAACCCAUGGAUAAUGCCGCAAUUCUCAUAUCACAAGCUCGACCUAGACACGUCCGAGCUUCCAGUGCCAUUCUCAAAUGAAGAUGAUAGUUCCUCAAUCACUGAUGGCCCUCAAAUUAAUCACAAAUCCGUGUUUCUUACAUUCGACGACGAUCAAGCGACAUACACCAACUUGGCGGUUGACCUUCCGCUUGGUGUCCGAGGUUUUUGCACCCCAAGAUUUCUUCUAAGUGUUGCUGCCUUGUUGGAUGGAUUGGAGCCUAAGCAUCCUGUGCGGAUCAUUGACUCGCUUCAAAAAGAUGUAAUAUCAAACAUUGUUGGCUAUGAUAAGGCUAUGAGCAAACCUAAAGUCUCGACAGCUGUUGCUCUUCGUGUCCCCUCCAUUCAGUUGCGACUGGUCGAUCUGUCUGAAGCUCCAAACGACCAAAAAAUCGAAUUCCGAGACGAGUACAGCAUCGAGGUUCGCCAUCUGCGAACUGAAUUCCGAAGGAAGGUUCGGCGUCAAAAGGAUGACCUGCUUCAAGGUGUUAAGCAAGAUGUGACGGUUCAUGCAGCAGCAGAUCGUGUUUCAAUGUCAGUCGAGGGGAGUCGAGUGGAUGCUUUCCAUGAAAAAGCCGUCUUCAAUUCUCAUCUCGAGGACGUGAAUUUCUGGCUGGUGACCUCGCCCAAUGUCCGCUCUAAUCUUCAGGUGAGGACAUUCAAUACCAUGACAUCGGCAAAAUCUGUAGAGCGUCUCGCAUUCCUCGUCCGGCGAGCCACAACAAUGUUUGACUCGGUCGCAUCAUCUUUCCAACAACUUUCAACAUCUAGCGAAAAACGUUUGCAGUACCUCCUGUAUUCGCUCACACAAUCGUCCGCUGAUGUACCGGAUCCUAUUUUCCUUGCUCGCAUCUCUUACGUUCUCAGAGUCGCUUCCACUCAUUUACGACAGCAUGACUCAUGGAAGAUCAUAUCUCGCAUACGUGGUAUCUAUGAAACCUUGCCUGUUCAUCGCAAGCGUGACCUAGAGCAAAAAUGCUUGAGUGGAAAUCCCCCUCUACCGGCGGAUUCCAAGAAGACAGUUGUGUCUGGAUUUGACAGUUGGCGAGCUUGGGACCUAGCACAUGUUGGUAAAAGCUAUGUCAUGCGCCAUGUAUGGCCGCCUACUGAGCUUGAACGGGAGACUCCGCAGCCUUCGGUGUUUGUAUCGUCCACUAUACAAAAACUCCGAUUCUCCUUAGAUCCCGGCCCAAGAGAAAGCGAUCUGAUCAUAGAGAACCUGUCAACCGCUGCAUCUUUUGUUCCGGACUUGCCUGGACCCGAUGGAGAUGAACAACGUGGGAAGAAACUUAUCACACUGCAGUCUUAUUGUGGCUCUGCAGCCCUUAGGCUACGCUGGGAGAUUUUGGACCUUGUUGAGGGAGUGGUCAAGGUCAUGUCUAACAUCAAACUUAAAUCCUCCCCAGGCCAUGUUCCGAGUGAAAAGGUCCAGGAGAAGACAUCUACUGAGCUGCAACUCAUGGUUGGGACUGACUUCGGAUCCGUAACCCUCGAUGGCAUCAACGUCAAACUUGCUUUGAUAGCCAAAGCCCUCCGAGGUUCGGUUGUUCACAAAUCUCUUGGUUCUACAAAAAGGAAUCACGAAGAUCUCGCUUUACUGUUCAGUGCAGAAGGAUGCUCAUCCGAGCUCCAAAGUCAAUCUACGACUCUCAUGCUAUCCAGGAUAGCAGACCCAUAUAUGUACAUUUCGCUUGCAUCGGAAGAGGAUGCUAGCGAGUAUAGACAUGCUUGGAAAUUCGCUAGCUCUUGCAGGAAGCUUCGGUAUGAUAUGAAGGAGGAUCCUCUCAGCUUGGCACACACGGCAGACCGGCUUAUCGCGGACGAGGUUCGGUAUAUCCGUCAGCUUGUGAAAUCUGUCAAAAUUCCGAGGUCGCAGCCCGAACAAGCUUCAGUCUCGAAUAAGCCAACCAAAACCACCUUCCACGUGGCAAUGUUUUUAGAAGACUACCGGCUAAACUUCAGCCUUCUGCCAUCAUUGACUUAUCUUGUGUCGGGCGAGGUGGCUCGCAUGUCCGUCCUGCCUGCAGAUGGAUCAAAGAUCGAGGUUGACUUCGACGUAAAGAAGAAUUCGCACAUGUUCGUCUCUGGCGAGAACGAGCGUUUCCAUGUCCUGUCGAUGUUAGAAAUACCCCCUGUGAACGGUCGAAUCCUCGCAAACCUCUUGUCAGACCGCAAGGAAGUAGAGGUCGAUGUUACGAUUGAACUCAUCCGCCUAGAAGCCAGUUCAGUGCGCAGCCUUCUGGCUGUUCUGACAGGACCUGAUGUCUCUCAUCUGGUCACCGAUCUCAAACAAACCGUGGACGUCCUCAAAGCACAUUUGGAAAAUGUGCUGGCAUUGCAGAAAGCGCAACCGAAACCAAAGCCGGCGUCUGAUGGUCAAGAGAUCCUUUACAAAUCUCGUCUCACGAUGGCUGGAUUUGAGAUUCAUGCUGUUGCGCCUGGUCUCAAUAGUAAGGAUUACUCUGCGGAGAUGAUUUUGAGUCUUGGGAUGAUGCGCAUGCGACUUCAAAACGGGCUAGAUCGGGGCUACUCCAUGGAGUAUCCGGAGUUCAACAUCGAUGCCUCCCAAAUCAGCUUCGAACUCAGAAGGCAAGAGAAAACCAAGGGUCGUUCAUACGGCAGCUUCUCCGCCAGUUUGAAACUCCAGGGAACCUCUGUGAUUCGCGAAGAUGGGGAGGUUGCCAGGGCGUACCACUUUACCAGCGAGAAGUUCGAUAUCGAACUCUUUGCCGAAACAGCAGCCCUGGUGGUUGACAUUGCCGUUUAUACACAAGAGCGCAUCAAGACCCUAGAUCUCUCUCAUGAAGUCAAACGUCUCAGGAAGUUAAGGCAUCGUGGCCAUAUGGAUACAAAAGAUGGCGCGGCCGAUGCUCCUGAAAUCCAUGUCAACGAUGAUUCGACCCCGGACGCAUUCCUCGAUGCCCUGUAUUCCUUGCAGUUCAAGGCCAUUCAGGUCGCUUGGAAUAUGGCUACGACACACAACAUCUCUGGUCGACAGUCGGAGGAUUUGGUCUUUUCAAUACAACAUGUUGAACUGUCCAACAAGAAAAAGAACGCAGCUAAACUUCGGAUCGAGAACAUGCAACUUCAAAUGGUUCCAUUCGGGACGGACAGGGGAAAGCGGUCGCUCAACUCGGCGCUCAUGCCCGAGCUCGUUUUUAACGUGGCGUACGCAUCCAAAGGGAAAGAAGUAUGGCUUGCCUUCCAAGCAGCUGGUAAAUCACUUGAUAUACGAGCUACCUCGGAGUUCAUCAUCCCGGCUAGUAUGUUACGAGACUCGAUUGCUACUGCAAGCGAAGCGCUCCGGGACGGACAGGCUGUUUGGGCAACCAGAGCAUCAUCAGCCGACAACGCCAAUACCAACAAAGAUCGCAAACUUUUCGGCAAUCGGAGAUUACGGUCUCUGCUGAUUGAUGUUGACUUUGCGGGUGCUACAGUGACACUUCAAGGAAAACUUGGUCAUGACCACCAAACAUUGUUGGCGGCCUCCUGGAAGGGCAGCAAGCUCCCUGAUGCGAAAUAUGGACAAUACUUGCAAGGAGAUGCAGCAACUACGGCAACCCUCCAGGCACCUGGAGUGGCGCUAAAGGUUCAAUUCGAGGACAAUGGGACCGAUGAUCCCGCCCUCAAUGCAGAGUUGAAGGUUGACCCCUCCACUAAUACAUUAUACCCAACUCUUGUCCCUCUUGUCAAGCAAAUGACUGCCACGGUUAAAGAGAUCAUGGGCAAUCAACAGAGCCAGCAACGCAGACCAUCAACGACAGCGCGUUUACAGCCACCGAAGUUGAUGCAAGAGAAGCCAUUUAGUGCCGAUGAUCCUACCAGCAUUCUAGGCCGGUGCAAGGUGAACCUGGGGCUGCUGUUCUACAAACAAGAGUUCAGCUUGAGCUGUCAACCAAUCGCAAGAGUAGCAGCUACCGCAAGGUUCGAGAGUGUCUAUGUGACUGUCAAUACAGUUCUGUCGGAAGAGCAGGGUCGCUUCCUUGCUCUCUCCUUGGCUUUCAAUAAAUUGGAAGCCUCCAUCAAGCAUGUGUAUUCCAACGAAUCAACAGCAAGCUUCGAAGUCAAAUCCAUGGUUCUUUCAUUGAUGAACAGCAAGCAUCUUGGCCGAAAGAACGGAAUGGCUGCGAUCUUACGGGUGAGCCCAAUGAAUGUGGCAGUCAAUGCAAAGCAGAUCCAGGAUUCGUUGCUCUUCAAGGAGAUCUGGCUGCCAUCAGACAAUGAAACCAGUCCCAGUGAGACCGUCCAGCCCGGAGAAUCUGAGACGCCAACAUACAUUGUACAACGAUACCAGCAAGUUGCUUCGGCGUCCGCAUUCCCAUGGAACACUACCAUUGCGAUCGAAAAACUCGAGAUCCAACUUGAUCUUGGCUCCACUCUAGGCAAGGCACAAUUUUCAAUCAUUGAUCUCUGGGUUGCAACCAGCAAAACAUCCGUCAGUGAGCAGAAUAUGUGCAUAAAUUUCGGUUCAGUUGCAAUCGAGAGUAAGGGUCGCAUGAGUGGAAUUGUUGAACUCGGCCUGCUCAAGGUUCAUACAUCCAUUGAAUGGCCCGAGAAUUCCCGUGAGCGCGGCCAUACGCCAUUGAUUCAAGCCUCAAUUGCUUUCAAUCAUUUCCAAGCCAAGGUCUCUUUCGACUACCAGCCUUUCUUGGUCGCCCGAGUGACCCUGUUCAACUUCUUGAUGUACAACGUCCGAGACACGUCCGGUGAACAAAGCCAGCGCCUUUUCAGUAUUCUGGAAGGGGACAAGCUCCAAAUCUUCUGUACAUCCCUGACAGCAUCCCAAGCACUGGCUCUCUUCCAGGCGUGGCAGCGCUUGGUUCAAGAUGUCCAAGCAGCCUACAGGUCAUCACUGCACGAGGUAGAACGAUACCUACGUCGAAAAUCAUCCGUCUUAUCCGAGCGCCCCGAUGUCGGCCCCAAGCACCUAUCAAAAGCAGACGAUGAUCAACCCGAGAAAGCACCCAUCUCUCUACACACCGGAGUGGUUGUGAACAUCCGCCAUGUCAACCUCGGCGCCUUCCCAAGCUCAUUUUUCGACAACCAGAUCUUCAAGGUAGAAGCCUACGACGCACAAGCACGCUUCGCCGUAUCUCUCGAAGCCAAAAAGAUCCACAGUGCCCUGGGCCUAACACUUGGCCAGCUGCGCGUCGCUCUAUCGGGCAUCAACCGGCCCACCUCCGCCCAACUCGACGAGCUAUCCGUCGACGAAAUCGCCGAACGAGCAGCCGCGUCCCGCGGCGGAACAAUCCUCAAAGUCCCCCGCCUGGUCGCAGGAAUGGAAACCUGGCAAGCCCCAGGAACCCGCCAAAUCGACUACAUCUUCCGCAGCACAUUCGAGGGCAAAGUUGACGUGGGCUGGAACUACUCUCGCAUCAGCUUCAUCCGCGAUAUGUGGGAGACCCACUCGCGGGCCCUUGCCUCGCGCCUUGGAAAGCCCUUGCCGCCAUCUGCAGUGCGCAUUACCGGUGGUCCGGGUAGCGGUGAAGGCGGCGGUGCGAGCUCUGAGCAGCAGGAGAAGAUCACGGCUGUUGUUAACGUGCCCCAGUCGAAGUAUACGUAUACUGCGCUGGAGCCGCCGGUUAUCGAUACGCCACAGCUGCGGGAUAUGGGUGAGGCUACGCCGCCGUUGGAGUGGAUUGGGUUGCAGCGUGAUAAACUGCCCAAUGUGACGCACCAGAUAAUCAUUGUCACUUUGUUGGAGAUUGCGAAGGAGGUUGAGGAUGCUUAUGGGAAGAUUUUGGGGUCGUGA